GUGGAAUCCUCAAGGCCAAUGGAGGAGAGGAAGACCAAAGAACACAUUAUGCCGAAAAAUGGAGACUGACAUGAGAAGAAUAAACGACACUUUAGUAGAACUAGAAAGGAAGGUUUAGGGCAGGAUGGGUUGGAGAAUUCUGGUCGGUGGCUUAUGCUCCACUGGGAGUAACAGGUGAAAGUAAGAACUCGUUGUGAUCAAACAUAAUUAAUAUACACUGUACUACCGUGUACCUGAAACCGUACCAGGUAAAGAGUAGAGAUUCUAGAGAAAUCAGUCAAUUUACAUAAGGUUUUGAUAUAGCUAUUGGAUGUAGGAAAUUGUUUCACUUCACCAACACAGAAACAUCCAACCUUGAAUAUACGACCCUGGGAUAUUUCUUGUAAUCCAAAGAUGACGGUGAUUGAGGAAAUAAAAUUCUCCGGAAAUGAUGAGGAAAAUAUUAGGGAAAUAUGUUCAUCACAUGUGCGCGUAUAUCCUAGUGCUAAAAGUGCUCUGGACUGUAGGGAUGUUUCGGCCAGCUGCAAGAUUAGCAUUCAACCAGCUGUUAAAUACUUUUGGGAAUAUCAGUAUUAUGUAACACGUCUCAUUGCACGUCAUCACGCAAGUUCACUGAUUGCCUAUGCAAUUAAACAUGUUAAAAAAACAGAUUCUGACGAAGAUAUACAUGUAGGUAUGGUGCGGUUGCUGAAUACAGAGACGGGAAAGAAGUUGCUCUUGCGUUCUUUCACGGACCGUAUCACGUACAUUGAUUUUGCACUCCGCAGCGAGGCUCUUUUAGGCAUCCUUGACCACUCUGGAGCAGUUAGUGUUUUUAAAAUUGAUCAAGGGUUGGGUUCUGAAGACCCAAUGACUUCGUCGUUAUUCUUCUCCUUAAAUCCACCAGAAAAUUUUGUUCCUUUGGAUAUUUCUUCACUCGUGUGGUGUCCGUGGUUGCAUGGGUCCAAAACUGCACUCCCACUUGCAAAUGAUAUCCAUGAUGAUGUAUUUGUCCCACCACAUGACCCAAGCCUUCUGUUAGCAUAUUCUGCUCAUCAUAAGGUAAAAGUUAUAAAUGUGGGUUUAGUUGUUGAACUUCUUCAGAAUCACUUUUCACAAGAUGUUCAGUCGGAAGUAUCAACGUCUUGGAGUGAAAAACAACUUAUUGAUGCCAUAGAAGGAUGUACAGCAGAUUCAUUAUAUUAUGCUGAGUUAUCGGAUCAUUCUGAUGCGAUUACUGCUUUGUCAUUAAGUCGUGAUGCUACUUGUUUGGGUUCUGCCAGUCUGGACGGUAAAGUUUGUAUAUAUUCCUUAGUUAGUCGAAUGGCUGGCAAUAUGAAGUAUAAACUGAGGCCGAUUCAUGUAUUUUCUCCUCAUGGUGGACUACCAUUGUAUGCUUUAAUAUUUCUGGACAACGUGUUGCAUAAUGAUGAAAGUAUAACAUGGAGUUAUCUUUUAACCGGUGCAGAGUCUAAUCGUGAAAUACGUCUUUGGUCAUGUUACGAUUGGUCCUGUCUACAAGUUAUACAGUUUUGUUCUGUGAUACCCAGUACAGAUUUACUAAAAUCUUUAAAUAUUUCAUUAUCGAAAUCGAGCAUAAUAUUAGCUGUUGAUCAAUCCGCCUCUUUUCUAAUUGCCACUGAUGUAACACGAAGAGUACUGUAUACACUUGAAUUGGCCGUUGUAAAAGAUGUUCUUGUUUCAAGUGAUAACGAAAGGUCGUUGUCCUCUUCAUCGUCAUCAAUGUUAUCAGUAUCGAAGAAGAUAUGCUGUUUCAUUUCUAUUGGAGAAUUUCUAUUGACAACACCGUGUCUGUUGUUUGCUUUAGGUCCUUCUUCAAGGAAAGCUAAAACUGGUGUAGAUCCCCUUUCGAUCAAAGAGAAAAUCGGUUCACACAAAGUUUUAAUGGAUCAAAUAUGUUUGGAUAUACAUAUCAUUCAUAAUCGAAAUUUAUUAAAUGGUACAAUUCGAUUUGAUCUGCCUCAUCGAUCUGAAUCAGAUAAACUCGAAUUAAUUACAAAUAUAAUGAGGCAUUCUUCAGUGGAAUCACCUGUUCAUCAUCAGCAGGAAUUAGCAGAUUCUACUCUCCCCACUGCUAUUGAUAGCUCUAGUAAUAAGGAUAUGUCAAGUUCAAUACCUUCUCCUUUUACUUCAUCACUUAACAUAAAUGCUAUUGUUCAAGAAAAAGUUGAAUCUCAUGAACAAUAUAAAUUUGCUGAGAUUUCACAUUCGAAACUGUCAUCCAGUACAAUUCAUAAAACUUAUCAAAAAUGUAUAUUCAAAUUACUGUAUACAUUCAUUACAACUAAUCAUAUUUUUAACAAUCUUCCAUCUUUGGCACUUUCAUCUAAAUCACGAAUUGGUCAACAUCCAUCAUUUUAUUGUUUGUCUAAUAUGCUUGUAAUGAAAACGCUUAAACACGUUUAUAUUUCUUCUGUUCUUGAUGAGCGUGAUUCCUCUGAAAUACUCACUAGCAAACAAUUAGGUCAUGAUUCUUUAAUGCCUAACACUUUGGAAAAUCAAUUGUUGAUGGAGAAAUUAACGAAUCUAAAUAGUUCUAAUUCCCAUUUAUCUAUUAAAACUGAAAUUGAGGGUAAUUCCAGUUUCAAUCAUAAUAUGGAAACAAUUUCUCCAAGUCAACAUGAACCACCGGAAGCGGAAAAACUUCAAAAUGUUCUUUCUGUAACAUUGUUAAACAUGACUAAUCAGUCGACUGAAGAACUUGUUUUUGAAUCUAUUUCGAAAACUGCUGAUAAAACUGCGAUUUCUGACUUCCCACCUAUGAAUUGUGUACCGUCAUUAUGCAGUACGGGUGAUAACUGUACGCUUCCGACUGAAAAUACCACGACAACUCAUCAACAGCAUUAUAGGAGUGGUGUUGCAGUUGGUGAUAACGGUAAUGAUGAUGACGAUGAUAAUGGGGAGAUCGAUUUUGAAGACAAUGCGCCCGACUCUGUGGACAAAUUACUGUCAGAUACAACAACGAAUAAAAUCCCAUUAAAUUCAAGUAGUCCAACUCGUGAUAAUAAUGGUAAUAAUGAAAAUUUAAGCAAUGAAGCAUAUACUACAACUAAUCACAUAGAUGAGAAUGACUUAAUCUUUUUAACAACAACGACAACAACAUCGUCAAUGUCUCCACCACUGGAACUGUUGCCGCCUUCACUACCAUCUCAACUCUCGUUAACAAUGUUACCAACUAAAGAUACUACAUUAUGGUCGACCACUGCUACUAAUACUACUGCAAAAGAAACCCAUUUACAAAAUUCAUCACCAUUGGAUAUUACCUCGGCAUCAUUAAGCACUUGUAAUUUCGUUGUUUAUGAUGAUGAUGGUGGUGGUGGUGGUGGGGGUGGGGAAGGUGAAGGUGUAGGUAGGGCUGUUGACAAUGCUGAUGAAGAAGGUGAUGAUGAUGAUGAUUGUCGCAACUACCAAUCAUUUGAAGAUUUGAAGUCAAUUUUAAAAGAGGAAGAUAUUUUAAACGCCACAAUUAACAGAAUAGAUACAGUUAAUGAAACUACUGAGCAUGACAGUCAUAACAACAAGAACAACAAAGUCAAUACCAACGACGACGAUAACAGAAGAACUCAUAAUGAAAUGAAUAGAAUUUUAAAUCAUUUGGAAAUGUUAUCAAUAAAUUCAGAAAAACAAAGUAAACAAUUCGAUUACAUUUUAGACCAGUUAAAUGAAACAAAAUUGAAACUUGAACGGCUUGAACAAACACAAUUCGAUAUCAUUGAACAAAUAAACAAUGUUAAUUACCAAGGAUCACUAAUACCAUCGACACAACCAUCCAACAUUGUCACAAUGACCGAAUCUAAUGUGAAUUUAGAACAUUGGGAAAUUAAAUCUAUGGAAUUGUCUAAUCAGAUAAUUUCACAAUUACGAACUGUUCAAGGGGAUUCUGCACGUCGUUAUGCAAAAAUUUCUGAAAAUAUGAAUAAAAUCUUAUCGAAUAUACAAGAUCCAAAUCAUUCAAUGAAAACAAAUAUGUUGCAUAAUUUAGAAUCACGUGUUAAUGCCUUGCCAACUAUAACAUCGGAUUGUAUCAGACGUGUACUACACGAAGAAUUAUUAAGAGUAUUUUCAAAUAAUUUAUCUCGAAUUGUUGAACCAUUGCAACAAUCUCUAUUUAAUGUGUUAAAAGAUCAUUUAUCUUCAUUGCCAACAACGUUAACAGAUAAUGUUCAACGUACUCUACGUGAAAAGAAUUUCACUACACAAAUUGUACGAUCUGCAUCUGGAAUAUUGUCUACGGAACUGUCUAAUGCUUAUCGUGAUUCAUUAAAUAAAAUUUAUGUUCCAGCCUUAGAAAAAUCCACUAAGAAAUUAUUCACAGAUCUUAAUAAUGUUUUUCAACUUGGUACACAACAAUAUUUAAAUCAAAUUUCAUCUCGUAUUCAAACUCCAUCAUUUGAUGCUACAAAUUUUACACCUUUGAUGAAUCAAAUAUCAUCUAUGAUAAAAUCAACUCUUACUGAAACAUUGAAAGAAGUUGAAAGCAAACGUGGUAAUUCUUCUUCUCUUAAACUAAAUCAAUCAUCAGAUUCAUAUACAACUAAUACUAUUGAUCGUAAUGAUCAUUAUUCAGAUGUAGUAUUCGACAAUGUAAAGCAUAAACAAUCCAAUUCAACAAUGUUGGAUAAAACAGCUGUGAAUAAAAAAUCAUAUAAUCGUCAUUUAAAUAAGUCAGGUAUUGUCAAUACUCCUCUUGUUAGUGGUAGCAAUAAUAACAAUAAUAGUAAUAAUAAUAAUCCUAGUGUAAAGAAUAAAAUACAAACAACUAAUGAGAGUCCAUAUUCAUCAAAUCUACUUCCACAACCACCACUAUCAACAUUAACACCAACAACAUCGUCAUCAUCGUUGUCAUCAUCAAUGAAGCAAGAUAAAUUGACACGUUUAUUUCGACAAGCUCAAGUGUUGAUUCAUUCAGAUCGUUUAGUUGAUGCUUUGGAAUUGGCUUUAGUUUCUACUGACCAACCACUUCUUCUAGAUAUCUGUAAUGAUAUUGAUGUGAAUAAACUUUUCAGUUCUGGUGAUCAUACAAUUGGUCAAAAUAUUUUAUUGUCUUUAAUUCAUCAAUUAAGUUGUGGUGAUUUAAGUGCUCAAUUGGAUUUAAAAGUCAAAUAUCUUCAAGAAGCUAUUCUUUGUCUUGAAUUUGAUGAUCCUACUACAUCAGUACAUGGACCAGCAAUAUUACACUUACUUAAUACACGUCUUGAUACUUUACUAAACUCAACAAAUAACAAUAAUAAUAAUAAUUCAAUAAAUAAAAACAAUAAUAAAAUUACCAAUGCAUUACGUAAUCGUGUUAUUAAAUUAAAUCGUACAGUGAAAUGUUUAUUUAAAGAAAUUGCCUUAUCUGAUGACAAAUAAUAAACAAUAAUCAUCAGUUUAACUACCCAUUAUUGUAUGUUACAUUAUAAUAAUAAUGACAACUUAAUUCAUUUGUCUUUCUUGUUUUCACUUUCAUUGUUACACUAUUCAUUUGGUUUAGAUUUUAUUCUUGAAUACAGUAAUUAAUAAAAAACUACAUCUUGAGGGUGAAUGUAAGUAACCGGUUCUUACAAUUCCACAUAUACGUAUCAGUACAUGUCAUUAUUAUUAUUAUUAUUAUUAUUAUUAUUAUUAUUAUUAUUAUUAUUAUUAUUAUUAUUAUUAUUAUUAUUGACAUUUUGAAAACGAGAACUAAAGGAGUUUUUUUGUGUGACGAUUUCGUAAUCAUCUUGAUGAUAAGUUUAUUUGUGUACUUUACUGUUUUGUUUUCAUUUCUCAAAUAUAAUUAGUUAAUAAUUAUUAUUACUAUGAUUACUAGUUCGUAUUACAUUUCUCAGUAAUGUUUAAAAGUUUAAUUAUAUAAUGUCAUUAUAAAAUUACGUCGAUUAUGUUACUUACUUACU